GUCAUUUGUCGAAUCAUGUUCAACUUCGUCGCGUUGUGAAAAUAAUAUAAUUGUGCUGUUAAAAUAGUUUAGAACAUUAAUUGUUAUUAAUUUAUUAUUAGUUUUAUAAUUUCCUAAAACAUGGCCGACACAACAGGACAAGCCGGAGACCAGGGCCCGCCGAAGGGCAUCCCGGCGCUCAAAGCGCACGUCAUCGCCAACAAAGUGGACGUGGCCCUCUGGGCCAUCCGCUUACUCACCGUGCUGUGCACCUUCGGAUACGUGCUGCCGCUCUUCUGCAACCCGGUAUCAGCGUUCUACAAAGCCCUCCUCGGCAACGCGGCGGUCUCGGCGCUGCGCCUCCACCAGAGAAUCCCGGCGCGCGAGAUCCGGCCGUCGCGAGAAUUCCUCGCGAGAUUCUUCCUCGAGGACUCGGCCCACUAUCUGCUCUAUUCGCUCAUCUUCAUGAACGUGGCGCCCAAUUUAUUGAUCCUGACGCCCAUCUUCCUGUUCGCGCUGCUGCACGCUGCCUCCUACUCUCUCACCAUCCUCGACACGUUGGGCCAGAACUCAUUAUGGGUGGCGCGUCUCCUGAUCUCGCUGGUGGAGUUCCAGUCGCGGAACAUCCUGCGCGCCGCCGCGCUCGCUGAGAUCGUCCUGUUCCCGCUCGUGGUCUUCAUGGCACUUUUCGGCUACUGCGGCCUCAUGACCCCGUUCGUGUACUACUACUUCGUGACGUGGCGCUACGCGUCGCGCCGCAACCCCUACACGCGCAACACCUUCCGCGAGCUGCGCGUCGUGUGCGAGCGCCAGGCCGCGCGCCCCGGCCUGCCCGCGCCGCUCAAGAACGCCAUCACCGGCGGCGUGCAGCUCGUGUGCCGGCUCGCGCCGCCCAUGGACCAGCAGGCGCAAUAACGCUGAUGGCGUCACUAGGACAUAAGGACAUCUGCGACUUCGUCGCGCGCUCACACUAUACCUCCGUGUCCAGAACUCAACCAAACAUCUGUCUCUUUCUACCACACGGCUACGAUACAAGCAAGAAUGGCACGGCUCUAUAUGAGCGUAUUCAUGUCUGAAUGCCACUAGAAAAUGGCAGAGAAUUUUCAAAAAUCGAAUGUAUUUUCUAGUGGCAUAUUGAUUGAUAGUGCAACAUAAAAUAGUAGGAAAUUAAACAAACAUCAUUCAAAACAUAGACGAUCAAGCAAAUAUUGUCACUGAAAAAAGGCGCGAUAUUCAAAUUUCCUAUGGGACGAUAAACCUUUUUUUAAUGAUAAAUAGUUGCCAUGUUUACGAAUUUGCGUCAAAAAUGAAGAAAGUAGCGCCCUCUCUUCUUUUCUACAGUUUUAUAUCGCACUGUGCAGAUGGCAAAAAUUUGUGGAGAUAAAAAGUGGCAACAUUGUAAUCCUGUUUUGUCACGCAAAUUGAUUUCAAAGGAACAUUACAGUGUUGCAACUUUUUUAAUUUCCUCUUUUUUACGAAUGUCGCAAAUAUUGUUUUAAAUGACUGUCCUAUCAUGUUAUAUUAUCUGUGUUGUCACGUCACGUGACAUGUCAAUGUCAAAAUAUGUAAAUGACGUUUGUGUGUCCACUUGUGAGCUACACUGACAUAUUUAUUUAAAACUUGGUUUAUAUUGAAUCAAACUGUUGUAUUGAUAGUAUUUUAAUGGGACAAACUAAGGUAUUAUUUUAAGUUUAAUCUUACUUAAGUGUGAGUCAACGAUUUUGGUCAGAGUUGUUUUAAGCUGUUAUUUUAGCACUUUAUUCUUGUUUAUCUAUUUAAAUGGUAAACGAAAGCAGUACAAUAUCUGUCAAGUGAACCCAGACUGUAGGUUAGCACUAGGUAUUCUAGAGAAAUAUUAAAACUGUCCAAAUCUUGUCGAAAAUAUACGUUUUAGAGUCAGACCAAGCUAAUGGUGCUCCGAAAUUGACUGUUAGAAAUGUUAUAUAACGUGUGACAGGGACAGCGCGAUGGCAUUGACAUUACGCUGUCCUUGUCACACAGUGUUAUAAAACAACUAUCUUUUGCCCGGCUUCGCUCGCGUUAGAAAGAGACAAAAAGUAGCCUAUGUCACUCUCGAUCCCUUUAACUAUUUCCACUUUAAUAAUCACGUCAAUUCGUCGCUCCGUUUUGCUGUGACAGGCGGACAAACAAACAGACACACUUUCCCAUUAAUAAUAUUAGUAUGGUUUAUAAUUAUUUAAGUUCUCAUAAUAAGUGAAUUGUAAAAUUCUUAAUGAGAAUAAAUGAUCUUUAAACCUGACAGUCAAUGUGGGAGCACCAUAAGUUGGCAAUGAUUUUGAUAGCCCGCGUGCAAAGUUUAUCCAAGUUUGACGCUGAAUAGCACCAGCGUAGCGUAAAAAUCACUGCUAAUUGGUAUGACUACUACUUGUUUUUAAACCGUUAAAUUAUUGGGCUAUUCCCAUCUCGAACAAAUUCCUCAUGCAUUUCUUUAUUAGUUCCCUGUUGAAACUAAUCAUUCCAUUUGUAUAAACUUCGACGUUAUGUUUCGUUAAUGUUGUUUUUUUUUACUUUCAACAACUUUUGUAUUAACAUGGUAUGCACUUGGUUUGGGGUGAAUGUAGUCAGGAUUUUUAAAUAAAUGUUAAUAUAAGA